UCGUUUUCUUGUCGAAGUCGAUCCAUCUUCUCCUUGGAAUCUUCGAUUUAUCGUUGCUGGAAAAAGCUUCUAUCUUUCAGCUUUCUUCUCCUCGAUUUGUUGAUGUGAGAUUAGGUUUGGAUGAUCGGGAGAUACGUAACAGGGCGAUCAAAACGGUGUUGAGUUAGUGACGUGGUGGCGAUCGAGGCUUUUGGGUCCUCUUCUUCAGGUUCCUCAUGGCGGUGCUCUUGCUUCUUCUUCUUCUUCUUCUAGGGGUUUAUUAAUCAGAGCAACGAAUCAUUCAAGGUAGAGCCUGUGUGUGUAACUCCAACUAUGUCUGUGAAGAAAAGGGAGAUUCCUCUGAGUUACAUUUUGACCAACUUAAGGAACUGUUCUGAAGCGGGGCUACAGUAUCUUGGUGGGGAGGUUGAAACUUACCAAUGUAUUGGAUUCUUUUAUGACAUGGGAUAUGCUCAUUCAAUAGGCAUAUGCUCAAUUUGUGGACCUAUUAGCUUGAACUUUCUACAAACCCAAAAGACUUCUUCUGUGGAGUUUGGAGCUGAUGAGGAGAACGUCAAAGCCCAUAUCAACAGAGCUGAUGGUAAGAAAAGUUGUGUAAUCUUGGAAUCAGAAGCUGCACAGAUGGACCAAGUCAAUCGAGCUCAAGGGAGCAGACUCAAGAUUCGAUGGUCCAGAAGAUUAGAAAACGAACGUCGAUUCCUACGAUGAUGAUGAUGAUGAUCUCUGCAACAUAUUUCAUCAUCCUCAAGAUCGAUGUCACAGGAUAUUGAAUCUAGCCAGAGAGAUUAGGAGGAAAUUUAAAAGAGGAUUAUAUAGUGGAGAGAGGUAUUAG